AUGUCACACAGCCACGGAGCCGUCCCGUGUGUUAACAGCAAGCCACAUUCAAACGCGCGGUCGACAAGUUUCCUCAGACAAGACUCCAGAGGCAAAUCAGAGAGAGGCCUUCAGAAGGAGGAACUGGUCCUGCUAACCCAUGGAGAUAGCGUUGAUAAAGUGGCUGAUGGCUUUAAAGAGGCAACAUCAUUGCCGGUGAGCAGAACUUGGAUGUCACUACUCAACUAUCUGGCUGCACAGUUAAUGACUGACUGUAAUGAUUUUUUUCAGGUGCUGCUGAGUGGUGGGGUAGACUCAACAGUUUGCAUAGCUCUCCUUAACAAAGCUCUUAACCAGGACCAAGUGAUAGCAGUUCACAUCGACAACGGCUUCAUGAGGAAGAGAGAGGCGAGUCAGAGUGUGGAGUAGGCCCUCACCAAGCUGGGCAUCAAACUCAAAGUGGUAAAUGCAGCUCACACCUUCUACAACGGAACGACAACCUUCCCCAUCUCUGAGGAGGACAGGAGGCCACGAAAACGCAUCAGCGAGACUUUGAAUAUGACUACCAACCCAGAAGAGAAAAUGAAAAUCAUUGGAGAUACAUUUGUCAAAGACAAAGAGAAAGAUGAAGAUGAAGGUCUGAGGUGUUCAACAGUGGCCAGGACGGGUCUCCGGCACACCAGAGGACGAGAUGAUGCGUAGCGGGAAAUGCAUUCGACUGCAUGGAGGGUCUACAAACACAGCUAAAAAAACAAAAAUGUUUGUUGAGUAUGAGCAAUAUAGUCAGUAUUGUGUAUUAGACGUAGGUCGGAAGCAAGAGGAUGCCAAAGCGCCUGUCCCGCUAAGCCUACGCGAGGCUCACUGUCACGAACCAGAGUGUGUGUUGCAGGCGCAUGAGCGAGCCCUGGGACAGGCUGAAGAGGACAGCUGUGACACCUGCAAGCGUGUUUACAAGCCAACGACCUACGCGGC